AUGGAACACAGUCCCGAUGAUCCUGUCUGUGUCAUAAAAGUUGAAGUCAAUUGUUGUACAGCAUGCCAAAGGAAGUUGAGGAAAAUUCUAUUAAAGAUAAAUGGUGUGUUUGAAGUUUAUUAUGAUCCAAGAACAAAUUUGGCUACCAUUAGAGGCAAUUUUAAUCCUUUGAUGCUGAUUGAAGCCAUUAAGAAAAAGGGGAAGAAGGCUGAGCUGAUAUCUUAUUCGAAGAAUCCUCUUUCACAUGAUAAUAAUAGCACAAAAGAGGCUACAGCUUGCCAUACUAAGGACUAUAAGGGCAAAGCUAAAGUUGGUGAUGACAACAAGAAAAGAAAUGAACAUUGUUGGAAUAGUAGUGAUGAUCAUGAGACUUGUGAUGAUCAGUACUGUGAAGAUUAUGUGUCACCAAAGAACAAAAAGUGUGAAGAUUUUGUGUCAACCAAAAACAAGCAAAAAUAUCAUACAGCUGAAGCUUAUGUGGCCCCUCAAGGUGUUGAUCCAAGCAUCUGCAGGGAUCGCUACUGCAAAAUACAUAGAAGAGGUGGAGGCAUGCGAGAUUAUGUUACUCAAGAAGAAAGACAGAAAAAGUAUGCUAUGUUUAUGCAAAUGGGAGGUCACCCUGCUGGAUUUUUCAAUGGAGAAGCUGCAACUUACAUGCUUCCUCCAUAUCAAUAUGGGCAUUAUGGUCCGGACCUGGAUUAUGGGUUUUAUCCACCCGCCCAGCCCAUGCCAGGGUUAAAUGACUUCACUCGUUAUUUUGGUGACCAAGAUUCUCGCACUUGCACCAUUAUGUAA